UUCUGAUCUAAAAAAAUCAAAAAGAUAAAAAUCAAUUUAGCACCUAAACAGUGUAUAAAUAUCAUAUGACACAUAUAAUAUUUAUACACUUGCAUGCUUGCCUAACUUAAUUAAUUAUGUAAAAGUUGUAGCAAAGAAAUGAAUAGUCGAUUUAUCCAUGAUUGAAUGAAUCGUUUCCUCCGUGAUGAGAUCUAUUCUUGAUAUCAUAAAUAUGCAAAUCAUGUAAUUCAUAAUUGGUGCGAGAAAAAAUGAGGAAGAGAAUACUCAACACUCUUCUAAAAUCACACAAAAUACAAGAGUAAACAGUAAGAAAUGUUUCAAGUAGAUGGUGGAAGAAAGACAAAUUUAAAUAAAAAAAAAAGAAUGAGGAGGAACACAUUUUUCAUCUCGUCUAUUAUUUUACUUCUAAAUGUGGAAAACGGGGCUUCGUUUCCUCACAAAGCGAUCUACUGGGAGGUCGCACCAUUCAUCUACACAGAAAAUAACAAGACGAAAGGAAUCAUACCUGAUUAUUAUGAACUUUUGAAAAAACACUGUCACCAUAGUACCAACGUGAUGAAUUUCACGUUAAAGAUGGAAAAUGACCAGAAGCUGCAUGAUUUGCUUUCCAAUGCGAACAUAACAUAUGGAGGGGAUGGUACGUUGAAAGGCAUAACAGAAAAUGAAGCGGCAUGGAUGCCCUUGCUGCGCAUGCCCAACCCGCAAGACAAACCGAUGGAACGCUCUCCACUAUUUUACUCACCCUAUAUCGCAGUUAUUGUUAAACGGGAAGAAAUAGUAUUAACUUACAAAUUGUGGUUAGGGAUAGCAAACUGUCGUCACAUCUUUGUUCUAGCGACGAUUUUAACGGUGUUCUUUGCAAUUAUGGUGUGGUUAUCGGAAUGGUUUGGAAAUCCCGAGUUCAGCAAAUCUUUUGUUGUCGGAGUAAGUAAGGGAUUGUGGUGGGCAGUCGUAACCAUGACAACUGUCGGAUAUGGAGACACGGCACCACGUUCGGUAUUGGCGAGAAUAUUUGGUACGAUAUGGAUGGUGACAGGACUUAUCAUCGCUUCUCUACUCACAGCAUCAGUUUCGGAGAAACUCAGUGGAAUAGGUCAUUUGGAGCUCACGAAAGAUGUCAAAGCCUCUGCACUCAAAGGAUCCUUCACCGCUCGCUUGAUUAAAAAUAACUACCAAGCACAAGUAAAAGAGUACGAUUCAUAUGUUGAAGUAUUGAAUGCAGUGAGGAAUGGAGAUGUUCUUGCCGCUGUUUUAAAUUCUGACAUUGCAGCGUACUAUCAAGAUAAUAUCAAAGAUUCUAAUAACGAAAUUCCACUGACUAUAGUGCACUUGAUAAAUCUUCAAACAAAAGUAACUAUUGGUGUUCCUAAACAAUCUCAUGCCGAUCUCAACUAUACAACGUGUGAGCAGAUGAACAAGGAGAAAAUAUUGGAAAGUCUUUUACACUUGUAUAGAAAAGUACUGAAGGUUGAUACUAUAUAUGUGGCACCUCUGCUCGAUUUCUUUAAAGAAAACGAUGUAAUAAAGUUUUCAGCAAUCGGUGUUGCUGGUUUAGUUGUGGGUGGCCUAAUAUUUGAAGUUUACUGGAGAAUGACAGAGUAUAUGCAGAAGCAAAAACAAAGGGCACCUGAAAUUGGCGACGAAGUAUACCAUAAUGAAAGUGCAAAGGAGAACAUCGAGCGGUCAAAAAAUUCAAUUAAACUCGAGUUAGAAGUUAUGCGACUGAGAACUGAUGUAGCAACAGUCAAAGAUCACAUCGUGAAGUUAAGCACCAUGUCACAAUACAACCAGAAAUGCUCUGUAUGUUCGUGGCAGACAUAAACACAUUUCUUUUUGCAUGAUAAACUAAAAACUUACCACCUUAUUUGCUACUUUUUAAAUUUAAUUUUACUUGAAAGUCUUUAACAGGUUGUUUGCUCACCUAGUUAAUGACAUUUUUUUUGCUUGACAAACAAUAAAAUUUUCUUCAUGUAUUCUGUUCAAUAUUUCACCAGCACGGCCCACUGCAUCUGGUUUAAUCAUAGCAUAAGUCCUGUGUGUUAAAAAACAUGAUCAGAUGAAGCCUGUAUUGUUAGUAUUGGUAGAGGUACUUGUACAAUUAUACCUUUUUUAAAAGAAAAAGCUUUUUGGUCUGAGUCUGCAUGCUUCUUAACUAUAAAACAUUUAUUUUAUGGAGAGCCUACAUUAUAGCAUCUUCAUUCUUCUCAUUGAGUGUUCUGUUGGUUAAUAUUCACUUUUUGAUUUUCUUAAAAUGUCAGAAGUUUUAAAGUUCCUAUGACCCAAGACUUGUUUCUUACACCAUGGUCCGUAUAAAAAAUACCGUACAAUGUAAAAAAAAGCGCCCAAUCUAGAAACAUAAUUGACAGUGGCUAAAAUAACUAUAUACAUACUUCGAUGUUGUCCUCUCAAGUUUAUUUCUUGUAAAUUGGUCGGCAUAGUCAGUUAUUUUAAGCUGAAAUAAAAAUCUAAAUAAUAAA